GUUAAUAUUAUUUGUCAUAUAAAUGAUAUUAAUAAUAUACAAUUAAUUAUAAUAAUAUAAGGUAGGUUGGUGUUUAUUUUCAUGAUUUAAUCAUGUUGUGGUAUAUUCAUUUUUUUAAUGACACAGUCUGACAAGCGACCUAUUUGGAUUUGGGAAUGUAGGCUAGUCCGUGCAGACAAGUAGAGCGAUGCCGUACGUUGGCUCCGUGGCCACACUUCUCUGUGUCACGUGUAGCUGCUCUUUGCAAAGGUUAACGCGGCUGUGCGGUCCUCCGGUUUUAACUCUUCAGUCGCCGCUAAGAACACAAACCGGGAAGCGCAAAGUCAGACCCGAUCGAACCACGAGUGCAUGCUUUUUACGUUUGGAUAUUUGUUUUUUUCCUUUUAAAAUGGGAGUCCCCCCGAAAAAAAGACUGAUAGAAGAAUGCUGAAGUUAACCGGCUGCAAGAUUUCAACUUUGACAUCAUCGACUGAAAGAACAGAGGAAGGAGAGAGGGAAAGCGAGCAAGAUUCCCCAAGAGACUGGUGCAAUGAGAUUCAGUGUCUUAAUGAGGAGUCAGAAUUUCCUAUAACAACACAACACAAAGCUACAAGAGGAUAAAUGCGGGUGUCUAAUGCUGAGCUCCAACUCUUCUCAAUCUUGGCUAAAUAGGACACUUGGGUUCCCGCCCGUCAUACCUGAAUUUACAAUACAUAGACUGAUCGAGAUCACCACGGAGCUUUGAAAGGUGUGUAAUCACCUUUGUCCCUGGCCUGUUGUUUUGUCCAGUGUCCAUUUCAAACUGGCAACUACUAGACCAGAAUGGAAAAUCUGACUUCAGUCCUCAAAAACUCAGGAAGUAACAUAAACUGCCUUGAGACCUUCUCCAGUUAUGAAGGGUCUAUGACUCCUCUCCAAGAGACACCGUCUCGCCUGGGCCGUAUCAUGAAAUCCAAACCCAACAUGACCUGCAGGCGAAAACGUGAAUUCAUUUCAGAUGAGAAGAAAGAUGCCUCUUAUUGGGAGAAACGGCGCAAGAACAAUGAGGCAGCCAAGCGCUCCCGUGAAAAACGGCGUCUUAAUGAUAUGGUUUUGGAGAACCGUGUCAUCGCACUGAACAAUGAGAACGUGAAGCUCAAGAGUGAGCUGCUACAACUGAAGUUACGCUUUGGCCUUAUAAGCACAGCCUCUUACAUCGAAAAGACUCAGCAGAUUGAAGGAAAAAACAGCACAGGAAAUGGAGGUUCCUCCUCUUCAUCAUCUUCUCAGUACUACUCCAGCUGUUAUUCGAGCAGUUCUCAGGUGAUGAUCAAUUCUGACUCCUCCGAAACCGAGCAGUCCGGGCUCAACGCAGGCCACAGGCAGCAGGUGUUAUACUCGCCACGUGGUUCCCUGUCUGACAUGUCAGAUGGCUCCUCCAGAGACAGCCCGGAGCCAAUUCCCUUUGAGAUCAAGCAGGAAGGUGACAGGCUAGAGAUGGAUAUUGCCAAUGGAACUACCACCCAGAUCAUCUUUAACAUUCACCGAGGUCUGGCCAAUGUACCCACUCAUCACAAGCUCCAGCAACAUUCUCAGGAGAUGGAGGCUGCUUAUCAUAGCCAGCAUCAGGAGUUUCACCAACAACAACCCCAUCAGGAGCCUGUUUCCAAUAUCAAUAACCAGCUUGCCCCUCAACCACCUGCUGCCCAGACAAGUGUUAUUCUCUUUGGUCCCAGUAGUGCCUCUUAUCCUGUGGACAGCUUGACACGGUCCCAAGAUAUUGGUAUGCAGAAGCAGAACAGAAGUAGCAGUCAGGCCUUUGCCGGCCGACCACCCCAGUCCUUUGUAGAGAGCUCUGCAGAGCCCCUACCCGAGGUGACAAAACCACUUGAGAAGAAAACAUCAGACUGUACUUCAUACGAACUCUCGGGCAGCCACAAUGAAGCUGAAGAGAGGCACGUGUACAAGAAUUUCCAAUCUCCACAACAGACCCUGCAGGAGCAGCAGGUGUCUCAUUUGCCUACAGAUUAUAUCCCCCAACAAGUGGAGGACAUCAGUCAAUCCCAUCUCUACAACCAUCAGCCUCCUCCUUCAUACCUUAUUUCCCAAGAUGAGGAGCCACCUGUUGCUACCAAUGAGGGCGAGUUUCCAAAUGAAGCUUACUAUCAAGUCCAAUCAAGUUUCUCUACUAAAGACACAUCAUCUAGUGAUGGAGAUCCAAGGAGCUCUGACAAAGAAGCCUCCACUGACGAUGACGAGUCUCCUUCCUCAACCUGCUCAGACAACUACCACAACCGGCAUCUCAUCAGCAUGCACGAGCCUGCCUCCCCUCAACCUUCAUCGCAGAGCUACUCUCAUGCCCAUAGCCGAGACCCCCAGGGCGAGGUGAAGGGCACGGCGUUACCCCACAAACUCAGGCUUAAACAUCGAGCCAUAAGCUCCGGGAGCAGUGGAGGCCAUUGCUCUGGACAAGAGUCCCCAACUACACCUCCCUCUGCCACAUCGCCACCCCUUCCUCAGCAUCCCUAUUUAUCACUGUCACCACAACAGAACAUUCAGAGAGAAAACCCAGCUGGCGCCUUGUACCUGGAAGAAUCAGACAAGGAAGACACAAGGAAGCCUAACGGCAAAAAGGACACAGGUGGUCGACGGAAUAAGAGGCGAGAGUAGGCCAUUUCAAAUCUGGUCACAGCUAAGCAUCCUCCGGAGAUCCACACAUGUACAGUAAAGACAGUUUCUCCUCUGUCACUAUCCAGCCACACAUGCCUUUGACUCCCAUUACCUUCUGAUGCCCUUGGUACAUGAAGUCGGGCUAUUUUAAAACUGCAAUGUCACCAAAAAGGCUGGACUUCUCGACUUGUAGGAUUGUAUUAUAAUUGUAAAUUUUGUACAGAUUUGUCAUUUCUUACAUUCUCUCCAUACCAACAGAAGCACUUUUUUAUUAGAUGAGAGGAGGAAUGGAACUUAAGGCUUUUCGUUGCUUGACAAUAAUUUCACAGCAUGAAACAGACUCAAAACACAUAUUAAUCAAAACAGAAUGUAAAACAAUCAGUCUCAAGCUUUAUCAGUAUAAGAAAAAAAUGGACACAUAUCUGACUGCACACAAGCAUGUUUGGCUGUAUAUGCCUUAAUUCGAAUGAAACGGAAACAUUCACAAAUGUUCUCUUGACCAAAGACGAUUCACCACCAUCACUACUAAAAAAAUUAUGAGUUCCAUACCUCUUCCCAGACCCUACCUCUACGAUCCAUAUUCUCCCCCUCAUUUCACAAAAAAUCUGCAUCACCUUUAUUUUUUAAGCACUUGUUUUGUAUAUUGCUGUGAUAUAUAAAUAUAUGUAUCUAUUCUUAAAUAUAUAUUUUACAAAAAAUUGAAUACAAAUCUGCAACGAUAAAGGAUUUUGAAACGACCAUCCUUUAAGAAAUCGGAAUGAAAUUACUGUACGGCCACACUGUCUGCUGUUGCUACAGGACCCACUCAAAUCGAAAUGCCUCUUUUCUUGAUUGUUAAGCUUUAGCAUUAAUCAUUUGUUAAUGACCUGUUUACACAGAACUGGCUGUCCAGUUUGGAAAGCCAACAGCACUGAAUGGAGAACAUUUUGUUUUCUGGGGCGAGUGCCUCAUUAUAAUGUUUGGAUUUCUUAACCUAUAACCAGCCUUUAAAUAUGCUGCAGGCUGUAAGCCUUUAGUUUAUUUGAGCUUUAUGAACCAUAUCUGUUGUCACCAUUCACUGGCCCAAUGUAUUUAUUUCCCUAUUAUCCACUCGCCCAUUACUGUAUAAAAAGCCCACAGGAACAUAGACAGAAUGUGUAUAGAACUACAAAAAAGAUCCACUGCCAUCUUUAUUUUGAACUGUGAUGUAGGUUCAAACACACAAACCAUGUCCUCAUUGAUAUUGAUGAUAAGCAUUGGAAUUCACAUUUGACCAAAAAAUGGUUUGCUUUAUUAAAAUUAACUCAUUAGCUGCCAUUGACAGCGAUAGUGGUCCAAUCCAUUUGAACUGGGAGGGUGGUAGCGAGCAUUCAUUCGCUGCCACCCUCUCAGUUCAAAUGGAUUGGACGUGUACUAUUGAUAAAAUCCUCAUAAAAAGUGCUAAAUAGUUGGAAGUCAAUCAUCGUCAACGGCACUGUAAAAUAACUACUAUCCAGUUCUCAAUUUAGCGCUACUGCAAAGAGCAUGCCUGUGGCCUGCACUGGAUCCUAGUUAAACAAAUGUAUAUGUACCAUGUUAGGCUUUUUGGCACUUGUGUAUAAAUGUAAAGUUCCCUUACCCUUGAGCAACACUGUAAUGUUUUUUUUCAUUGGUUUUAUAUCGUUUUUUUUCCCUCCAUCAAGGUGUUGUUCUGUUCCCUAUACUGUCGUUUUCCCUUUUGACUGUGAUGACAUGUAUUUGCCUCAUACUCACCAUGCCCUCCCCUCCCUCUUUUCAGUGUGUAAUCAGUAAUGUUCGUGAUUUUGGUGAUGGUUUGCUGAAAAAGACAAGUGGGAGAAAAAGGAAACGGGCACAGAUAAAGUGGUAUUUCAAGAUAGGUAGCAGUAAAUCUGGCUGGUUUCGACCAUUGCGUCCUUUUGACGUGAAAAUGUAUGGAACAACACUAAUGAAGAUGGGAGCAUUUCAAGAUCGAAAAAGAAAUAAAAAAGAAUGUUGAAUCAAUCAAACUCCAGAUGUUA